CUUUUUUUAAAUUAUAUUUUCUUUUAUGAGACCGGACGAGCAUAAAGCAAAAGAAUCGCGUAAAUAUCAAGUACGCAAAAAACAACAAGGAGAUCAUGCUGCAGCAGAAAUAGCUGAAGCACGUAGAAAGGCAGCUAAAGCCAAAGAUCGUGGUGUUGGUAUUACUGCCAUUCGUAGACGAAAUGGAGACUUCAACGAGGAAACAGAAGAGGAAAGAGAGGAAAGGAAAAAGAUGCAAGCAAAGUACUCUCGAAGAAAGCUUGUAUCAAAUUAUGAUCGGUAUGAAGAAGAAACAGAACAAGAUCGUUUGGAGAAAGAUGCUGAAUUAGGAAUAGAUCGUGAAACUACUGAUCUAGUGUCCAUGCUGGAAAAUACAGAGGAAGGGAGUUCAACGUUUUUCAAAUUUAAAGAAGAGCAAUUGUUUGAAAAAGAUAUCAUGCAACAAAAACAAAAUGUAAGAGAGAGAGAGAGAGAAUGCAUGCAUCCCAAACUGACAACUUGUGUAUGAAAAUGUAGUUAUUAGAGAUUGACUUUAAAUCACUUACAGCUGCAUUUGGAAGCAUAGAUAUACAGCAACUACUUGACCUAUCAGAAUCUGAUAAUGAUCUCGUG